CGUGUCACUGUGUUUCGCAUAAUAUAGAUGUAUAACACUUAUUACUUAAAUUUUAGUAUAUUAUAUUGAAAAUAAAUAAAAUUUCGUAUAAUACAUUGUAACGAUAUGUUUUAUCAUUAAAUGUGAAACUCAACACAAAAAAUUUUACAUGAAUACGUAUUUCGAAAAUUUUUAGAGACAAAUGUUUAUGAUCACGCUCAUCACGUGUAUCUUAUUUUAUUUACAAAAUACUUCAUAUUCGAAGAACGUGUUUGCAUAGUGUUUUUAUUAGAUGAGCGGACUUGACAUAGAAACAGAUCAUAUAUUAGAAAUUGCUUGUGUUGUAACAGACAAGACAUUAAAAAUCAUUAGCGAGGAAUUGCAUAUCGUGUUACAUCAAUCAGAUACGGUAUUAAAUAAUAUGAACGAAUGGUGUAAGAGACAUCAUCAUACGUCUGGAUUGACAAGCGAUUCUCGCUCAAGUAGAACAUCUUUAAAAGAUGCCGAACAAUCGGUACUUGCCUUUUUACAAAAAUAUAUUCCCAGUAACGCAUGCCCCCUGGCAGGAAACUCAGUCUAUAUGGAUCGCUUAUUUUUAUAUAAAUAUAUGCCGUUAGUCAAUGAUUAUUUACACUACAGAAUAAUCGAUGUUAGUUCAAUCAAGGAACUUGUCAGGAGAUGGAAUCCAAAUGUAUACAAAAAUGCACCACGCAAAGUAUUAUGCCACAGAGCUUUAGAUGAUGUAAAAGAAAGCAUCAAGGAAUUAGCGUAUUAUCAGAAACAUAUAUUUGGGCUGUAAUCGCACAGAUCGAGAGAAAUUUUGCAAUUAGAUUUGAUAUAAAUUUGUCUAAAAAUCAUAAAUAAAUGUGUAAAUAUAAUUGGAGCAGAAAGUUUUA